ACAACUGUGGUUAAGAUGAAUACGGUCGUGUCCGCUCUCCUGUUGGCCGUUGUUGGUCUACAGGGAAGCAGAGGUGCUUCAUUUAAUUGUAACCAGCCUCCUACGUCCAGUGAGAAUAUAUACUCAUAUACGCUACCAGAUAUUAUGAAUAUUAAGAACAUCAGCCUAUCUAACUACAGUGGAAAGGUGGUCUUGGUAGUCAACGUGGCUACCUACUGAGGUUUAGCCCCCCAUUACUUUGGUCUGAAUGCACUACAGACCAUGUACGGGGCCCAGGGAUUUAGUGUUUUGGGAUUUCCUUGCAAUCAGUUUGAUUUGUUAGAACCAGGAAAUAACGGCACUGAGAUCUUAAAUGGAAUCAAAUAUGUGAGACCAGGGGGAGGUUUUGUUCCUAAUUUUCAGAUGUUUACAAAGAUAGAAGUUAAUGGUGCCAACGAAGAACCAUUAUAUACUUAUCUUAAGAAAUACUGUCCACAGACAUCCAACACCUUCCAAUCUGAUCUAUACUAUGCUCCAUUACGUGUUGGUGAUGUCAACUGGAACUAUGAAACAUUCCUUAUCAAUAGACAAGGCGUGGUCAUGAAACGUUAUGACCCAGACACCAAUCCUUUAGAUCUUAAAUCAGAUAUAGAGAAUAUGUUGAAGACGAAAGCGUCGCCUUCUAAAAAAGUGGAAAAGAAAAGGAGGUUGCAGCAGAACAGAAUUGAAAAAAAUAUCAUUGAAAUAAUAUAUUAGAUAUAGUCGCUUGAAACAUUGUGUUAAAUUUCUUUGUGGUAACUAUAAUUCCCUUAUGACGCCUCUUCGGGUAUGUUUAAGGAUAUCAAUAUAGAGUACGCUCAGAAGUUUCUAUGGUUACCAGACAGUAUGAUAGAGACUGCUAAAACAGAAUAAUCUGGUGGCAGUUUCUUGAUGAGAAUCUUGGGUAAAAAGUUUUAGUGCAAUUUGGCUUUUUAUCUGUCGGGAGGAGUCUGGAUGACCUUGAAAUGGAAGAGAUGAACCCUCGUUGAUUUUAUGAUCUUAAAACUAUUUGUUGUAUGUGCUUUGGGGGGAAUUAUGGUAACUGCAAAUUUACGAUACACAAAUGUAGUAAUAGAAAAUAAACUGUGUUAUUA